AUGAAGAAAGCUGGUUGCGUCAAACAGCUUGUGUAUCUUUCCGCUUUGGGCGACUUCACUUCUACAGAGGGCUUGCAGUACAUCAUGCGUCACAGUAGCGCCGGUAUCAUCCUGGUCAAAAGUGUCCUGGAGCACAAGAUGAUCUAUGGCGACUUCCCAUGGCAAACGACACGACUUGGUCCAAGCCUGUUUUUCAGCAACGACAUUAGAUCCAAGGAGCCCAUUAUCAACCAAGGUCUAUUCAAUGAUCCCGUUGGCAGCAUUGGUGUCAGUCGUAUCAGCGAGGCCGAUAUUGCUCACGCGACUGCUCAGGUCAUCGGGGAUCCAGAAAGAUGGACCGGAAAAAAAAUUAUGCUAGGAUCGGAGCACCAGUGUACUGACCUGGAGAUCGCUGACCUCAGGUCUGACGUGUUGAAGCGGCCUGUCAAGGUGUGCGGUAGUGACUCUGCCAGUCUGUUACAAGUUGAAGAUCAUCUCGAGGCUAUGAUUACUGGUGGCGCCGGGAACGAGCCAACUGGCUUCGGCAGAUCCUUCACUUCCAUGCUAGAGAGCUUUGACAACGUUGGUUUUGGCAUGAGCCAGGCGGAAUAUGACGAGCAGAUAAUUUUGCUUGGCCGAGAGCCGAAGGACUAUGCGAUGUGGGUCUCUGAGACGGGAAAGUCCUGGUUGUAA